GAUGGGCUUUAUUUUAUGUGUUAAUAUAUAAACUUGGUGAACAAGGGGCACUGACAAUGAUGCCACUGUUUUUAGUGGACCUGGGCAUGGCAUCAUAUUCUGUAGGGUUUUGGACAGGGUUGGUUGGACAAGGUGUAUCAAUAUUUGGAUCAUUCAUUGGUGGAUGGCUCAUUUCUGUAUUCUGGUAUAAACCGCAUAAGGUGCUAACAUGCUGCUCUAUAAUUAGACCAAUUCUUCUGUCAUGUUUUGUGGUACUUAUUGCUCUGUGGACAGAUGAGAACAAAAACAGCGACCAUUUUUAUUAUGUUUGUGUCAUACUGUGUUAUCUUCUGCUGUUGCUUGGCAGUGGUGUUGUCACGACAACGACCUUCACCCUCAUGAUGUACUGUUCACAGAGGUCACCAAGUGCAAUUCAGGCCAGCCAUUACACUACCAUGGCAACUGUUGAAGUAUUGGGGAAACUGGCUUUCUCAAUUGUGAUUGGUCAAUUUACAGAUAUAGUUGGAUACCUUUGCUCAUUUUCACUGUUUGUUGUUUUAUCAAUAAUUGUUAUACCAGUACUGCUCAAAUGUCCUGUUUUACUUGUAGAAAUGGAUAGAAAUAAAAGAUGACAAAUGUU